UUGGGCCUAUGAUUGUGAUAGGUUGAAAGCAGAACAGGCGGUGUUUCCCGUUCGAUACGGAAGCCGAAGCCGCGCUGUUUUGAAAGUUUGAACAAACUUUGCGACAGCCUCAGAGAUUAUUUUUUUCGCAGGUGGAAAACUAGUCCAUCUUUUUGAUUGUAUACAUACUGCAAUUUCAAUUCACGUUGAACAUCUUUGGUUUUGUUUUGUGGUCUUUUUACCUUCAGGAUACUGAACCUUUUGCUGAGGUGCGUUUGGAUGUCAUCCAGAAACUUCAGGUAGCGAUAGCAAGGAUUAGGCGCUUUGCUGAACUGUCUUCGUUAAUAGGUGUAACUGAUCGAUUUUAGUUUUGUGACUGACUAUUUACUGUUUCAACUUCUUAUAUUCAGAAAUGCCCCGUGUUGACAAUGAUGCGGCAGCCGAUAGUGUCAGGUUGACGACUGAGCAUUUAGCUCGGAGGCUAAUAUUUGCGCAAGGGUUGAACAAGGACGCAAGCAGACAAGAACUUGAUGGGACCGACUUUCAGAGAGCCUCUCUCCACGAAACAACGUCUCAGCAAAGCAUCUCUAUGUCGACUAAGUCACCUUUACAGCAAACAUACUGGAGCGACAGCAAGAAAUGGUCUGCCCGGAUACUGUCCAUACUCCUCUGCGUCAUCGUCGCGUCUGUUAUUGCAUUAUUUUUUGCCUGUAUCUAUCUUGUAUUAAAAGAGCUUAAAUCAGAAAAAAUAAUAAAAGAAGACGGAGCAGAAGUCAAACUACUAGGGUUUUGGAGUUUGCUGAUCCUUUCCUCAUUGGCUGGGAUCUCCUGUUGCAGUUUCUCCUGGACGCUGACCUACUUCGAUUCCUAUGACCCUGGCAUGUUUCCUCCAACCCCUCUCUCUUCAUCGAGACUAAGGCGAAUGACUGGACACUCCUUUCAUAUGGGCUAUUGCAUGGCUAUUCUCAAUGGCAUUGUUGCAGCACUCACAGUCAUCUGGUGUCUCACCUGAUUGCCAUGCGACUUCAACCUUUCUACCAAUGGCUGCUUCACCUGACACACGCCUCCCAUGAUUCCUUGUUACUCCAGUGCAGUAAUGACAUCCUGUAUAAAGUGCCUUCUAGUGGCUUAAGUAACCACAGUGUGUUAUUAUGUGCCUUCAUAAUGUAAUGUUUAAUGUUGUCCUACACUGUGCCUUUUGUGUGUUCGGAAAUGAGAAUUACCUAUUUGUUUGUCUUUAGUGCCAUAAUUAUUCCCAUCGUGUACGUUAAUCAGGGUGUUAAAUUGGAAAUAUUCCUUUUUAGUUGUGUAAUUACAAUGAUAAUAAGGAAACCUUUGCUUUGUGUAAGAAAUGACUUGGAGAAUGAAAAGCUUAGGAAUGAUAAUUUGCUCAGUAUUUGCUCUCAGUAUUUUGACGUACAUCCUUUGAUGUAUAAUGCUGUUCCUUAUCAUUUGUUUGCAGUACAUAGCUACAAGUACCUAGCUCUCUUAAUAAUGCUUCGAGAUGAUCGUUAAAUAAUUAAUGAUGUUUUCCAAUGAUGUUUUGCAACGACUGAGUGUUGUUUUAAUAGGAUGUAAUGACUACUAAGUGAGCUGAGAGGGGAGCAAAGGAGCGCUACCUACAGCAGAGAGAGAGAGAGAGAGAGAGUGCAAAAGAAAGAAACCAACCUGGCAUCUCGAUGUGCCAAAGUGAGGAGUGUGCCCCAGAGGCAUGGCAACUGUUUAAGUGUGGAUUCAAUUUGGUAUUCUCAUCACUAUACAGCCAAGCGUACACACACACACACACGCACCCCCCUCGUCCAAGUAUUUUUCACUUAUUUUUCUUAAAGCAGAGCGUCCCCCUUGUUACUCGUUUGAGCUGAGGCCAGCUUUCUGUGCUCUUAAUUGAGUUUCACUGAGAGCCCCCCCACACACGCACACACACACACACACACACACUCACACACACACACUGUCUCAAACAGAGAGAACGAGUGCAUUGGAUGGAUGGUUGGUUUGUGUUUGAGACGAGGACUGCUGUUUGCUCAGUCUGAUUGUGAUUCUCCGUGAAAACAAAUCCCUGGUUUUAUCCAUACAGCCGGUCCGAUUUUGAUUUCAUCAAAGGAUUAGCAUUAAUACGCUGCAGAAAAUAAACAGGAUGCAUUUGUUUUUGCCAAGACCUUUCAAAUAAAGGACCAACAGUGUAAUGAAUGUAA